AUGGCAUCUUUAUCCUCUUCAACAAUGGCUUCGGCCUUGACGCGCCCACGAGUUACCAUCGCUGUGAUUUCUGCUAUUGCUGCGGCCUCUUUAGGCUUUUACUACUAUCGUCAGAGUCGGAUUCGCGCUUCAGAGUCAGAUAUUACUGCUACGGGGCCUGGUUUGCAUCGCCGUAACGCCGUGAGACGACCUCGCCGUGCAUCCCACCGCCAUGACGACUCCUCAGAAUCCGAUUCUCAUGGCGACGAAAAUGACGAUGUUGAUAAUAUCGACCUCCCCUUUCCAGUCCCGCCAGGUACUACCACCACCACCACCACCGAUGAGCAGAACCCGACCGAAUGGUAUAACGACAGCAACCAGGCCCCGCGUCAGCGGACUGGUGAGAAUAUAGUUACGCUUCUAUUCCGUGUGUCCGAAGACAACGCUAGGCGCAACGCUUAUGUGCACCGCGGUUGUCAGUGCAAUGGUUGCGGCAUGGUUCCCAUACGCGGAAUUCGAUAUCGCUGUGCCAACUGCGCUGACUUUGACUUAUGCGAGGUAUGCGAAUCUCAGGGUCUACACAACAAGACGCACGUCUUCUAUAAAGUCAAAAUACCUGCUCCGCCCUUCGGAACUCGACAUGUACAACCGGCCUGGUAUCCAGGCGAUCCCGACAAUGCUAUACGUAGUAUACCACGGUAUCUGUUGACCAGGUGGUCUCAAGAUACUGGCUUCGAACGUGUUGAACUUGAUGCUUUCUGGGAACAGUGGACUUUCAUGGCCAAUACCGAAUGGAGAGAUGAUCCUAAUGGGCUCGGUUUGGCUAUGGAUCGCAAGACUUUUGAACGGUGUCUUGUCCCAUCUGGUGGUUAUCGGCACGCUGCACCUAACCUUAUCCACGACCGUAUGUUUGCAUUCUACGACACUAACCACGACGACCUCAUUGGAUUCGAAGAGUUCCUCCAUGGCGUAUCGUACAGAAAGAGGAAGGACAAACUUAAACGAACAUUUGAUGGCUACGAUAUUGACGGCGACGGCUAUGUUAGCCGACGAGAUUUUCUACGUAUGUUCCGGGCUUAUUAUGUGCUAUACAAGCAGAUGCACAAGGACAUUCUUGACGGCCUUGAUGACCACAUGAUGACCACCACCGAAGCCCAGCAGCUUAUCAACGGUAGACAACCCUUAAGUAGUCUCUUUGGUCGGGAGGGUAGGGUCCCUUCGGCUGAUCAUUCGAGACCGAUGGAGGGUAAAGUAUUCCGUUCAAACGGAGAUGUUGAAAUCAACGAUGGCAAAGGAGUCAUCAACGAGGAUAAGCUAGAUACAGGUGGCCGCGAAGAAAUCCUGAGCAGUUUAUUUGCUAGAAACGCUAGCCAGAGCCUCUUCACGGAAUCAUUCGGAUCCUCCAGGAGACCACAAUCCCCCGACGGAGAUACUCGUUAUUGGACCGGGAUAAUCAACCCUCCUCAUACUACGGUCGAUCUGGCAUCUUUGCUCUCAGGUGAAUACCCGCAUAUUACUGAUAUUCUGGAGUCCAUCCAUCAGGAAAGACAGCAUUCUCUAGAUGAGAUCGAGAGCGCUUCGUCUGAUGGGGAUAAACAAAGCGAACCCGAAGAUGAAGGCGUCGAUGAAACCGACGAGGGUGAACCUGCUGACCCCAACCCACCAAGCGAAGCUCCAGAGCAAACCGCUACCCGGGCUAUUCCAGAUGCUAGUAGAUUUACAAAUACAUUACCCACAGAGAGCCAGCUUAGAGUUCAACAUCAAGCAAUUGUAGCGAAUAGUCACCGAUCAGGUAUUGACAAGCGGAAGAGGUUGCUCGCUCGAAAGAAGCUUCUUGAGAGGUGGAAACGACGUCAAUUUUAUCUAGAUGAGGAAGAAGGUGCUGCGCCCCCACAGGGAUGGGAUGAAAAUCAGGAUGUGCUAUUGAACUUGAAUGGUAUCGCCGAGUCAUCUAAGUCAGCACCCCAUUUUCUCUCUCCUCGGUCAAGAUCAUCCUCCAAGGUUCGCUUCGCUGAAGAUGCGGAUGAUUUUGAAACCAGGUCCAACCCGUCUACUUCCUCGCGAAGUGUACCGGAGAGAUGGGGAGGAAUGGAAAUCCCGGACGCGGAGCGAGAUGCUGGUAAAGAAAUCCUCUAUCAAGUCACGCAACAAGCUUUCAACGAGCUCUUAGACGAGAUUUUCAAGAAGAAAGAGGAUCUCGCUGUCCAGGCGGCGGAAACUAAAGAACAACGUGAGAAAUAUCGAGAGCUCUUAAGCUCGAUCGACCUUGAAUGCGAAGACGAGGAAUCCAGAGAUCAGUCACCGGCAGGACCUCGAGUACACUCCCCGGAAGGGAGUCCUCCGAUCUCGCAGCGGAGCUUAGCUGAGUUACUUUCAACUAGUGGCUAUAGUACUAGCCACUCCAAUGUGAACGAUGGAUCUCGUGCAGCUGCGACGAUACAGAAUGAGGACAGCAAUGAGAAUGUCAUCAAUGAAGAGAUAGAUGUCCUAUCAAAGGACCUCAGCUCCCCAGAGCCCGCGGAAUACCGUGACCCUACUCUACCCCAGAACCGACCCAAUAGCAUAGCGCAAGUAUCACCUAACCAUCCCACAUCUCAGACGGAAAGCAACACUAAGUUUAAGAAACUGAGCAACGGCUCCGAUACGUCUAAAAAUGAGGAGGCUACUGAAUCGAAGAGCAUUGAUCUCGACGCCCCGGAUCACAUAUCGCAUUCCACACUGAUGUCAUGGAAGCGUCUUGACCUUGCUGAACAGGAGGCAAGGGAAAGGGGUGGCUGGGGUAGACUAAACUACAAGGAGUUUGAGGAGAUAUAUCGAGAGCACGAAUUCGCAGACAGCAGCCGUAACCGGCUGGAUUACCUAGGUAGCUGGAUCGACUUCUGUAUUCCUUAA